CAUCAAUUCCUUGGAUCUCUUCUAUUCCCUCUCCUUCUAAUUAGCUAGCUCUCGUCUUCUUGCCGCCUCAUGGACAUAGUACUCUCUCCCGCUGAGCACUUGUGCUACGUGCGUUGCACCUACUGCAACACUGUUCUUGCGGUUGGGGUUCCAUGCAAGAGGAUGAUGGACACAAUGACUGUGAAGUGUGGCCACUGCAACCAUCUCUCCUUUCUUAGCCCCAGACCCAUCACGCGACACUUAAGUCUCACUGAACAUUCAAUGAGCCAGCUUCAGGGGCCUUGCUCUGAUUGCCUGAGGGUUUCACCGGCGCUGGCGUGGUUCUCCGGUGAACCAAUGAUCCAAAAGCCACCCUUUCUUGUGAAACCUCCUGAGAAGAAACACAGGAUGCCUUCUGCUUACAAUCGCUUCAUGAAGGAGGAAAUUCAGAGAAUCAAAGCUGCUCGACCCGAUAUUCCGCACCGAGAAGCAUUCAGCAUGGCAGCAAAGAAUUGGGCCAAGUGCGAUCCUCGCUGCUCAACAAUAUCUUCUACCUCUGAGAGCGGAGGAGCCCUUCGGUCCAUAAGUUUACCUUUACAAGCAGAGUACUAA